AUGCUCACUAAAAAUAAAAGGUCACGAAAAAUCAUGAAAAAUUAAAAAAAAUGGAAAUAUGUUCCAAUUACAUAUAAUUUAUCAGAUAUUAAAGGAAAGAGAUCAGCAAAACCCUAUAAAUUCAAAGUUUAAGAUCUAUGGUCUUUAUUUACUCACCAUAAUAUUGCUGAAUUAUUACAUGAAAAACCUUUAGACAUAAUAGUUUCUACAACUAACUCAUUCACAGGCAAUACCAUAUUUUAAGAGACAAUGACAUAUCAAGAAUUUUCAAAUUACAAGGGACCACUUACAUUGUAUUUGGCAUAAAUCUAAUUAGAUUUGCCUUGCCCAAAAUAAUUGAAUGAUUCUGGCAAUGUAUUCUUAUGGUGUUCAAAAGGAUUUACAGAUAGUGGCUGGCAUUAUGAUAGUUAUGAAAAUUAUUUGGGUGUAGUUGAAGGUACUAAAAUUGUUUACUUGAGAAAUAAGUGUAUAAAUUGGUCUUAGUUUGAAUCAGUUUGUUCUGAACAAUAUAAUCAUCUAAAAAAAGGAUAAAAAUUAUUAUCCAAAUUUGUUAUUCUCCAAAAAAACGAAAUGCUUUAUAUUCCAUAAGGAAUGCUUCAUCGGUAAUUUAUAUAAUUUAUAUUUAGAGUAAUUUCAUAUGAUUCAACAAUAGGAGUAAAUGUUUGGAUGGAGAGUAUUACUUAAUCUAAACUAAAAGUUAAUCAUUAUUAGUUAAGAUAUAUUUUAAAUGAAAUUAUUACUAAAGAUGUGAAAAAAUUCAUAAUAGAAUAGGCAAGAUUGCGAUUAAAAACAAUACAUAUUGACUAAUACAAGGAAGAUAUUUUGAAUAGCUUUUCUAAUUUUUCGAAUAUGCAUUCAUUACAUAGAAAUUAAAAAUAAAAACCUCUCAAUUAGUUGAUUGGCAUUUAUAUUUGUAUUUUGGCAAACAUGCCUCAUAAAUAUAUGAUUCAAUUUAUGCUUAUAAUUGAAGAAAUAGAUUCACUAACAAUUUUCUAGAAAUUACCAUAUACAUAUUAAGCUAUAAUUGCAUUAAAAUUAGAUGAAUUUUCAGAAUCUAUUGAAUAGAUUGAGUUUAGAGAAAAAAUAUAUGCAUUACUUUAGAUUCAUGGGAAUUUAAUUGAGAGUUUAUAGGCAAGUAAAAACAAAUUAAAAUAUUAAAUUGCUUAAUAAAUAAUUUCUAAUCAUUUUAGAAUUUGA